AUUUCUUCUCGCAUACAUCGUAGCUGGCACAUACGAAUCCAGCCACGCAAGUUUUUCCAUGUUUUCGUUACUUUUACGCAACCGUUAAUCUUUAUUUACUUUUUUUUUAUUGUAAAUUAGUUCAGGGUCAGUUUUCUAAAAUUUGUUUAACCAGUAUCUGUAUUCAUAAGUGAAUAAGACAAUGAAGCUUAAAGUUAUUGUGAGAGUAAGGCCCAUGUCACAAAGGGAGAAAAACUCUGGAGGGCAACAAGUGGUCCAAGUGGAGAGUCAACAAAGUAUAGCUAUAACAAACCUAAAGGUCCCCGUGCAAAAUACCGGAGAUAGUAGGGAAAGGAUACGGCGAUUUGCUUUUGACUAUUGUUUUUCCGAAGAUACUAGUCAGGAAGAAUUAUUCCAAACCAUAGAAGAUAUUGUGGGGACCUCGCUGAAAAAUCGUAACCACUCCUGCGUCUUGGCGUAUGGACAGACGUCUUCAGGAAAGACUCAUACCAUGAUGGGAUUUCCCCAUGAUCCUGGCCUUACACCCAGGCUCUGCAGGAGGAUAUUCAAAUAUUUCGAGGAGGGAACUUCUAGUAGUGAGACUGGAAGGUUACAGGUGACUGUAAGUUACUUGGAGAUCUACAACGAAAAAGUCGCAGACCUACUAGGCGACAACGAGAAAUUAUUCAACGGACGACAUAGACAUUUAAAAGUCAGGGAGCAUCCGAAAAAAGGUCCUUACGUAGAAGGCCUCUCCCAACAUACAGUAACCACCGAUACGGAACUACUAGAACGUCUUGAAUCGGGGACCAAUAGAAGACGAGUAGGAUCCACCGCGACUAAUCAGAAAUCGAGUAGAAGUCACUCGGUUUUUUCCGUGAGCUGUGACGGAGUAAAGCUCCAUCUAGUGGAUUUAGCUGGGAACGAACGCGCUGGUAGCAGGGGUUAUGGUCCUAAUAGGUUUCGUGAGGGGGCCAAUAUCAAUAAAAGUCUUGUGGCAUUAGGAAAUGUCGUGUCUACUUUAGCCGAUCAGUCUCGUUCUUCACACUCUUCAAGGAAUAAAUUCGUCCCUUAUAGAGACUCAGUCUUGACAUGGCUGCUCAAAGAUACUCUUCAAGGGAACUCGAAUACAGUAAUGAUAGCAACAAUCUCACCAUCGAGUAACUAUUACAGCGAAACAGUGAAUACAUUACGUUUCGGCCAAAGAGCCAAACUAAUUGUAUACAAACCUAUAAUUCUGGAAGACUCCAAGGAGAAAACCAUUAGGGAACUUAGAACGGAAAUUGCCAGACUGAAAGAACUGUUAAGAUUAUCAGUUCAGAUUCCUUCGACUAUUGAUACACUAUCCUUAAUGACAACUACACCUAAGAACUCCUCUCAAUCCCUCUCGAGUUCAACUCAAGACAUCUCGGAAUCCUCCACUCUAACAUCAUUAUCAGAGGCUUCAAAGGGUCCCUUAAGAACUACAGGAACAACCGGUGGGUCAACCCUAAAUAGCCAAGAAGAAACCAUCACAACUGAAACCCUGUUACCAGUAAUGGAAGUAAAAAGCUUAGUAGCUCCAAAAAAGUUCACAAGAACAUAUAGCAUUGAUAGAAAGUACAGUUUGGAAACGGAAAAGUCUUGCAGUUCGCAGGAAUCUUUACAAAGCCCAAAGCACAAAGCUCAACCUGCAAGGAGGCUAUCGACUACACCUCAGCCAAAACAAACCGCUCUGUCACUAAGACGAUUAUCAAUCCAUAAAAGUAACCCAUCUUUAAAAACCAUUACUCAAAAACGGCUCCUAGGUGGAAACAAAAAAGAAAAAGGAGUGGGCACAGAGGCCGUAGAACACGCUAAAAAACCUCCGGAAAUCAAAACCAAGACAAAACCUAGAGCGCAAAUCGUGGCUGCGGUCACUAGCAGACUUUACAGCAAAGUUAAUAAGAAAGACAUAGGUACUUCAACAGAAAAUUUGGCAGUGGUAGCUAAAGAGGCACCAAAAGAACUUUCUAUAUGCAGUAACGCGCGAAACAGGCUGCGAGAUCUUACACAUAGAGCAUUAAAGGCCCACAGAAGCAAAAACGAAGAGACGCAGACAGAUUUGUUUCCUGUACUUAGAGUAAAGGAGAUAGGGACAGACUGUGCUGAUUUGGAGCUGCAGCAAGGACAGGUUAAAGAUGCUUCUACCCUGCAUGAUUUGGAAUUUAAAGAUGCGCAAGUGGGAUGUACCCUACUAAAUCAGUUUAUUGAGGGAACUUUGAAAAAUCUCUUGGUUUUAACCAAGAGUUGUGGUAUACAAACCAUUGCGGAAGAUAAACCUACAAGUAGUGUCUCUUUUACCAAAUAUCUUACAGGUAGCUCACCUAUUUUUAGUGAAGCAGUAAAUAUAAACAUAUCUCAUAAUUAUAUUGGAGGGGAUCGUAAUGGGAGCUUUUCAGAUGACAGCUUGGAAAAUCGUGUGCCAUUACAUACGCCAGAUCUGAUUAGCAAUCAUAACUCCUUGGAACAGCAUGGGCUGGAUAGAACUGUUAGUACCGAAUCUAAUGAACCGACAAUUUGCCAUGCAGAACUUGGUGUCUUGGACGAUAUUUACGAAACUGUACAUUAUAUUCCUAGUAGUCAAGUAUGCGCUAGCACAGCCAGUACCCUCACGGCACCCAACUAUUGUAAACAUUUCAAAACUGUUGACGUAAACGUUGCUCAGGCACCUGUUAUGUUCCUAGAAGAACCUGUUUGGGAAAGAUGCCAAUAUUUGCCAGACAUUUAUCCCAGGGCUCUAGAAGCCAAAGGUUCGAUUUGCCCGGACAUAUUUAAAAAAGCCUCCAUUAAAAAAGUUCAAGUUUACCGAUGUCCAGACUAUGAAAGCCUUAGCAGUGAGAGCAGUGAAGACAGAAUGAGUGUAAAUCUCCCGGAUUCUAUCGAGUAUCACUUGGCGAACCAGAAAAAAGUGCAAUUCGACAAAAAGGUGAGAAAACAAAAAAACGAUCGUAUGUUGAAAGCAAUGAAAGAUUUCCUUGAGGAGGCAAAAUUACUCAUGUCAAACAUCAGUCACGCGGCUGAAAAGUCACGCAGUAGCAGUCCCAAAUGUCAACAAGCACAUUUAGAUGAUUUUGAUAUUCAAGUGACUGUUAACGAAAUAUCAGGUUUGGGCAAAGGCUCAAGAAAAAGCCACAGAAGGCGCACAAGAGAAACUAAUUCAACACAAACCGAAGCACCACCCUCUAUGGAAAGCUGCCAUUCACAAACAAACUUAGACUUUGCAGAAUAUAUGGUGCCCGUAAAUAAAUAUGAGGCCAUUUUAGAGGAUUCUUGCAAAAGGCUGGAGCAACAUAUAAACAAACAGCCGAGAUCCAGACACGUCAGCAUAGCAUCAGAAGAUUUCGACGAUGACAUUCUCUUCGAACGUCCUAGGUAUAACCCUUGGGAUCUUAGUAACGUUGAAGUUGAGGAUUCUAGCUUGGAAAGUAACCCAAUUACGUUUUCUGAUUAUGGAAGUUUGCCCAGGAAGACUCAUAAGAGGCAAAGAACUCCAACUUGUAGUCCCAGUGCCUUUUUAAGGCAACUAACUCACAUGAGAAGGCAAAUUAUUGAAAGUUCACGUGAAGAAUUGAUGUUGCAAGGUGCUAGUGGGAGCAAGUAAAAAUCCCUCACUAGUGUUGGAGGUUAUUAUCAUAAAGCUUUUAACAGUGUUGAAUUUGUGAAAGGCACAUACCUUUGUAGGUGGUUGGCAGGGUAUCUAGGCGAUUCUCAAUAAAAUACUGACAGAGACGAGUCCCUAGAAUAAAUGUUAAUAUUUUUCCAAAUGAUUUAUAAGUAACUUGUGUAAACCAUAAACUGUAUUCAAAAAUUUGCUGAGUAACUCAGUAAUCUUUAUCUGAGUAUACACGUUUUUCUAGGAAGUUUUUCUAUUUUCUAUAAAAAAUAGUGAAAAUUAUUUGAAUUUGUACCCAAAUCGGAAUAAAAGUGAUCUAUUUUUAUUAUAUAUAACUUUUAAAUUGUUGUGCCGCAUAUGGUUUACUUUAUUCGAUUUCUCUUGGUCAAAUGUUUUUAAUUGCUAGUGAAAUUUUUAGAAUUUUGAUAAAAAAAAUACCGAUUUUCAAAAUUAAAUUUAGUAUGUUAAAUUAAUUUAAAUCACUCUGUAUAUUUUUCUUCUAAAGGCGAUCAAUAAUCACUUAAAAAUAGUAACGACAGAGAAGAAUCAAUCAAGAGCCCCAAAAUAGAUGCCAUAAGAAAAUUUAUUAGCAUCGAUAUCAUAUAAUGUACUAAUCGUUUUAUCUUUAAUUGUUCUAGCCAAUACCAAAAGAUGGCCUAUUACCUAAAGUAAUCUUGCAACGUUAUUAAACUGAAAUAUUGAUUUAUUAAAAGUAAAAGAAUAAAAAGAAACUAAAGCACAUGUAAGGAGCAAAGAUAAGGAUGCACAAUUGCUAAAAAGCUGAAUAAAAUGAAGCAUUAAGACACUGAUAAGACACAAGAUGAAAUCAGUCAGAAUACUAUAAGAGGACGACUUACAAAAAUAUAUUAUCUUUUUAACUUUUAUGUCUCAUACAACUGCAAUACAUAAUUUAACAUAUUUUAUUACAAAGAAUAAAAAUACAAAACCAUUGUGAAAAACCAGCGUUAAAUAAGUGCUUUUAGAAAAAGAAAUUAACAUAAAGAUAUUUUUACGUCAAUAGGAUCCUUUAGACUAGGGAAUUCCUAUAAAAAUUAUAAAUUCCUCAUUUAAUAAUAAUGUCAUUUAAAAUGGCAUCUUUCAAAAUUUCUUUUGAAAAUUCUAGUAACUACACAGUUGCUGUUUUUAUCGUUUUUCUAAAAAAACAAAUCAAAGAAACAGUAUUUAAACCUCGUAAAUAUCCCUAGGAAAAUAAAUAUUUCCCAGAGAAUAAUAUGAAAUAUUUAAAAGUUUAUUGUUUUCAGGAUUUCAUUCAAAGGAUUUUAAUAUAUUUAAAUCAUAAAAUAUUUCUAAAUUUAAAUCAUAAAAGCACUCAAAUAAACUCAGAUACAAAUAAUGGUUUUUUUUUCUAUUUCUCACUCACUUUAAUUGCUAUAGUAAAAAUUAUUUCGAUCAAAAAUUAGCUAGGUAUUCGUUGACGAAAAUAAUAGAAAACAAUUAUUUUAAUUAAAAUGUUUAAUUCAUCUUCCAUGUUUCUGAACUUUGAAAGUUUAGGUUUUUGCCUUCCUAAUCCAAAUUUAAACUGGAAUUUGUUUAGCAAUACACUAUUGCCCAAAUAGUGAUUUAGCUUUUAAUAGCAUUUUUCAUAUCCGUAAUGUAAGGUAUCAUUUCCAUAAUGUAAAGCAUGGCUGAUUAAUUCGAACUCUGCAUGCAAAUUGAACUUCCUUUUUAGUCAUAACAACCGCAUUCUUGUAUCUAGUUUCAGCAAUCCCUAACAUUUAUAAAUUUUAUUGAAUUUUCAAUGAAUGAGGAUAAGUUUCUGCAGUUCAGUUUCUUCACAUUUUAUUAUACAUGCUCUAGUAAUAGUCCAGUGACAUUUAUUUACCAAAUACAAUCUAUUGAAUUAAUUGAAUAAAACUAUCUAUGAACUAACCCUUUAAAUAAUACUAUAUUUUUAUAUUUAUUGUUAAAUUUUUACUUGAACGUUAAUAAAAUUAAAUAGCUACAUAUUUAAUCAAGAAGUAUAAUCUUUUAUUAACUCAAACUGAAAAAAAGGUAACUAAAAAAGGCCCAAACAAAUAAAAUUAGUCCCACAGCUUAGUCUUUGACGAGCUGUAAAUUAGUAUAUCAUUAAUUAUUACGACCCUAGACCUCAAAUUCAAAAAAGGUAUAAAUCAAAUUAACAUAAAUCAGGAUUUCAAGGUAAUAUAUAGCAAAUUAUUUAUAGUUUUUUUUUUCGUAAUAAUUAUCCUCAUAAAUUAAGGAUUAUUUAUUAAAUUAUUUGUAAAAAUUCAUUUAUCCAAAUUGGUAGCAUUAGUAAAAAAACCUUUGGACCAAGGCGAAGGGGUAGACCAAAUGAGUUGGCACAUCUUUUUAGCAAUUAUUACAAUGAAUUUGUAAGUAAUAAGCACUUAAAAUGGUAUAUCGACCUAUAUAAUUAAAUAAUUGAAGUUUUUAUUAUAAAAUUAUAAAAACCGAAUUAAGAUAAUUUAAAAAGUUUGGAAGAAAAUCUCAAAAUUUUGUAAAAAAAAAGAUUUUGUAAAAUUUGUAUGUAAACAUAAAAAUACUUACUAAUUGGAUAUAGAUUUUUGUACUUAACUUACUAAGUUGACUUUUGGCAUUUAUUACUGUAGAUAUAAGAUUUUCUAAAUACUAUAAAUUAUAUGAAGCAUACACUAUAUAAUAGUUGAUACAUUUUUCUUAACAUUUUUUUGUAUAAACUGAUUAAUAUUGAAGUUGUUAACGGACCAAAAUAACUAAAUAUUAAAAAAAAUAAAUAAUAUAUUACCCUAAAACGAUUUUAAACAUUGCAUUACAAUAUUCCUUAACUUAGUCCUGAGAACUUCAUCUCCAUUGCAUACUACGUGAGUGUUGUUAUCUUCUAAUUGAAUUAGGGCGUCUUCGUCUUGCUGAAAGUGGAACAAGUUGUUAAAGUUUAAAAAGUCGAUAAUAUAUUUUUUUACCAAAUGUAUCACUACUACAUUUCCUCCCAACGAUUCAACUUUCGCAUCGGUAAUUCCUUCUUGGAACAAUUUUUGUUUGAAUUCGUUAAUACUGACCGAACCCCACUCGUAUUUUACGUUUUUAUUAAGUAGUUUUUGUUCUGCUGAUAUAUCCUAAAACAAAUAUUUUAAUAAGCUUUAAUCUUUAAUAAAAAUCAACUAAAAUGCAUAUUACCUGCACAUUAUGAAUGUUAUCCUUCACAUUUAAAGUACCAGUGAUAGUGGAUAAACUGACUCCAGGUUUUACUUCGACGGGAACAAUUUUUUUAGCUACGUCGGUAUCUACAAAAAUUUGACCCUGUUUUCUUUUUAAUGGGAGAUUUAUUAUCUAAAAAAAAGAAGAAGAACGUCAGCAAUACGUCGCCAUAAGAAAUAGAGCCAAUGCUAACAUAACCUGUACGGAGGACGACGGAAAAUAUGGAACCUCAUUAGAUCGCAGGAGAAACCAGUUAACGAAUAAAUCGCAGUCAAUAUUAUCGCUGAGGAAUAAAUAAUAAAUAAUAACCUCAAGAGUCUAUACAACACCGAAGAAUAAGCAGAUCUAUGGACCAUGCCCAACAACAUCAACGACUAUAUUAUAAACAAAACAGAGAUGAAACCAACAAACUGAAGAACAAAAAAUUACCAGGCCCAGAUAGAAUAACAAACGAAAUCCCCAAAUAUGGAGGCGAUGAACUAAUGAUAGAACUAUCACACUUUUACAGUAUGAUUAUGUGCACAGGAGAAGUCUCCCAGGAAUGGAAAUCUAGCAAUACAAUCCCUAUCUGCAAGAAGGUAGAAAAGAAAGACCCAAGGAACUAGCGAGGCAUAAGCCUGCUCAACACCGCCAUGAAGCUACUCAUCAAAAUAAUAAUCCAACAUCUAUCAAGUACAGUCAGCAUCAAUGAAGAACAACAAGGCUUUAGGAAGAAUAGAUCAAUAAUCGACGCUAUAUUUAUACUGCGACAAAUCAUCGAAAAGUCUAAAAAAAUUUAGCAAACCUGCGUUCUUCUGCUUUGAUGACCUAGCUCAAGCAUUUGAUAGAGUGCAAGUAAAGAAUGUGCUAAAAAUCCUACAAGAAUAAGGAGCCAAUAAUAUAAUCCAGGUAAUAAGACAACCCAAUACCAACCAAUAUCAGGCAAGGAGAUGAGUCCGAUACUCUUCAACCUGUUAAUGGACCGCAUCAUAAACCAGGUGAAAAAUGUAGAACAAAGUUACAGAAUGGGACGAACAGAACUCAAAAUAUUGUGCUAUGCAGACGAUGCGGUUCUCAUAGCAGAAAAUUAGUAUAACCUGCAGCGAAUUCUAUUCGAGCAAAACCAAGCCGCAAAGAAAUAUAACAUGAGCAUCUCGAGAUCGAAAACCAAAUCGAAAGGCAAAGAACCGAUACGAUGCAAGCUGGCACUAAACAACCAUCCAAUCGAACAAAUGAUGAGUUUUAAAUACCUGGGGAUAAUAGCUUCAAGCAGCCGAAAUAGUGUCUGGCUAUUUACAUAAUUCUAUUUGGAAAAACAUACACAUGUCGAAAGGCCAGGAUUUAAAGAACAGCAGUGCAGUGCUGCGAUGCUCAGGUACGCAGCGAAAACUAGGCUAAAAUGCCUAUUUCCCAUUAAUAGUUUCUCACUUAAUGUAAUUAGUUAUCAAUAAAUAGAUAUAAUAUA